UUCAUCUUCCCUUCUCUCCAAGAAAUGGCUCAGUAUGUUUGCCUUCCCUUCACACCAAAUCUCCACUUUCCCAAACCAAACACGCCCUUAGGUUUCGCUGUUAACCGAAAACGUUUCAUGGAUUCUGUUGAUCGAGUCAUGUUGGGUGUGUCAGGCAGUUCUGCCAUGAGGAGGUUCACUCGGAAUGGUCCAGUACUCCGUGUCGACUCAGAUCAUACCAAACGUUGGACACGUAACGUGCUGAACCCUGGCGUCUUGAAUCUUCCUCUCGACAGAACUGUUCAUGAUGAUUCACUAGUCUUGGAUGAAUCAGCUUGCAAGACACUUGUUAAGCUGAAACUAAAUUAUGGUUUUAUAAUCCCCAUACUUCCCGAGGACACUUCUUUUCCAGCACUUAAGUCACUCACUCUCUAUACGGCACGCUUCUGUAAUCUUGGAGCGUUUGAAAAGCUUAUCUCUGCUUGUCCUUUACUUGAGGAACUGAGCAUCUUGCAUGGGGUUGGUUGGGAACUUUGGAGAUGUUCUCACAUCCUGUCCCGUCCGAACCUUAAGAGACUUACCAUUAGAUCAUGGUUCUACGUUAAUCUUGUUGAGUUGGGGAGUAUGAGUUUUGAUAUUCCCAAUCUUGUUUACCUGGAAUACUCUGACUAUGUUCAGCGUCAGUAUCCUGCUGUUAAACUGGACUCUCUUGUUGAAGCUAAACUCGAGCUUAUGGUGAAAGAUGGAGAUCAUGGUAGUUACGAUCCGUUUAAUCUCUUUAAGGGAUUAAGACAUGUCCAGAAGCUUAGCUUAUCAUUUCCUGAAACUGUGGAGAUUUUUGAUUACUACCGUGAAGCAGUGCCUGUGUUCGAAAACGUGAGCCAGUUAUCUAUUACAACUCUUUUGGGCUUCUGUUCAUCUUUCUCGACUCUACCGUCUCUACCAUCUGUACUGAAGAAAUUUCCAAAUGUACAGACUCUCGUCAUCGAGGGUCCCUUGUGCGGCCAUGAUCAUUCGGAUUUUGUCUGCAGAUGCUUCUCGGUAGAUGUUGUUAAACUGUCAUCUCCUGUGAAGGUUCUAGAACUAACAAUAUACAAAGGAAGUAGCGAUGAGAUGGAUCAAAUCAAGCGUUUCUUGGAGGACUUUUCAUGUCUUGAGCUCGUCAAAGUUCGUGUUUUCCCAGAAGACUACGAGGAGAAGUUGCGCAUUGCCACGGAUUUGCUCAUGCUUCCUAGAGCUUCUUCCAGAUGCAAAAUCCAGGUCGAGUUUUGUUCAAAAUCAUUUCCUUGGUGA